CUACCACCCCGCGAGGAAGCCGCUCCUAGGGCGUUCUUUCCGCGUCGGAAAAAGAUACGAGGAAAUCCAGCCAUCUCAGCAGGAAGCAGGGAGUCGAUGACGCAGGGGGCCGCCCUUUGCUGAUCGCGGCUGCCGGUCGGCGGGACCUCGAGAGACCGGGCCGUUCGUGAAUGCUGCGUGCGUUUGUUCCAUUCCGCCUGCUACCUUUGUCGACGCUGGGCCCAAGCCAUCUACGUAAAUCGUAGCUCGGGCUCGUCAUAUUUGUUCGUCUGUAAAACCCUUGUGGCCCUGACCAGUUUAAAUACAGGUCUCGCCCCCAAACGUCUGGGGAGGUCCUGUCAUCGGAAACUUGUGAGCGGCACCAUCAUUGACUCCUUCACGCGAAUUUUCCCGGCUCUCGACCCGAACGUACUAUACCAUCAUGUCCUGCAGGCUGGCAAUAACGUCGAUGUCGUUGGGGCGUUGCUGUGCCGGCCAUUCGCUCCCGCGUAAGCUCGACAUGGCGGCACGGUAUGGGUACAGGGGCAUCGAGCUAUUUCACGAGGACCUUUUCGAUAUUGCGCAGCAGCUUCCUGGAGGGGCCACGACUGACAACCAGCUCGAGGCAGCUCAAACCAUCCGUAGGCUCUGCUUGGACAGGGGGCUUGCGAUUGUGUGCCUCCAGCCGUUCGCGCACUUCGAGGGACUGCUGGACCGCCAGGUGCACCUGGAGCGCCUCGGUCAGCUUUCGGUGUGGUUUCGGCUCGCACGUGCCCUCGGCACCGAUACCGUGCAAAUUCCAUCCAACUUCCUGCCGUCUUGCGAACUAUCGGACGAUGUCAGACUUGCCAUCGCUGAUCUGAGGAAAGUCGCCGACAUGGGCCUCCAACAGCAGCCACCGAUCCGGUUCGUCUACGAAGCUCUGUGUUGGGGUACUCGCUGCGACCUAUGGGAGCAGAGCUGGGACGUGGUCCAGGCCGUCGACCGGCCGAACUUUGGCCUCUGUCUCGACACGUUCAACAUUGCCGGUCGUAUUUACGCGGACCCCACCUCGCCGACUGGCCGCACCGCCGACUGCGACCAGGCAGUACGAGAGUCCAUGGCUCGGCUCGUAGCAACUAUCGACCUCGACAAGGUUUUCUACGUGCAGGUAGUCGACGCUGAGCGCCUCGUUGAGCCGUUGGUCCCGGGCCACAAAUUCUGGGACGCCAGCCAGCCGGCGCGGAUGAGCUGGUCCCGGAACUGUCGGCUCUUCUACGGCGAAGAGGACCGUGGCGCGUAUCUGCCCGUCGCCGAAAUAGCCAAGGCCAUAUUUCAGGGCCUCGGAUUCGAAGGUUGGGUUAGCAUGGAGCUCUUCAACCGGAGGAUGUCUGACACGGACGAGGUAGUGCCCCAAGAGCUGGCCAGCCGGGGAGCUGCUGCCUGGGCAAAACUUAGCAGGGACAUGAACCUGAGAGAGGCGGUCCCGGCUCCAGAGAGAGUUUCUGCGUCGCUUUAACGUGAGAGACACAUGUAUCUCGGCGUCAACUUUAUCCUUUCUUGAUAGAAAAGAGACACGGAGGAUACCCGAAACCGCUACCCCGCACUGAGUGGCGGGGUAGCUCCGCGUGGGUCGAAGUUCAAGGCUACGGAUGCGCCCGGGUUACCGCAAACUGCGAUCGCUGUUAUGGCUGUAGUGCUGCGUAUACAUCAUUGAAUCUUGCCUGGAGGCUAACUAGAGGUAGCACAUGGUACUGUGCGGCUACGUAACAGGUGGGAGAGAG